AUGCAGGCGCAACACGGUCUGGCAACCUUGGGCAGCGACCUCCGUUCUGGUCUGGGCACCAUCGGCAUGGCGGUCAUGUCGGAGGCCACGGGAAUUCGUACCGACGUCCGCGAGGUGAAGCGUGAUUUGGCGAGCGUGCGUGAGAGCGUUGAAGACUGCCGUGCGGAGAACAUGGAGUUCUUCGCAAGUUUCACGGCCGGCUUGGAAGCUGCUCAACAGGGCAUCGAAAUCAUGAGGAGCGCUCCCCUGGAAGAGGCGCGAAUGUCCCUCAAGAACUUCGAGGGCAGCAAGGGCAAUGUGCGAUUUCUCGAGACAGCGCACAGCAAGGCCUUGACCGCUCUUGUGCAGGGGCACACGCUGGAUGUCAAGCUGAGCGCGGCAGUCAUCGCUGUGUCAGCGGGCUAUAUUCACAUGAGCAAGGUGGACUGUCCUAGUGAAGCCAAGGACUUCACGGUGAACGCGACGCUCGCGAACGUCAUAAGUCAUUUCGCGCCUACAUGGAGCGACCCUUCCCGCGCUUCCAAGGCCGACGGGAAGAAGACAGUGUCGUUUCUCCUCAACAUUGUUUCUUGUGUGCGGGCACUUCCGCCGGAGAGUGUACCGGUUCUGUCGAACCUGGACAAGCGGCUCCUUCCAGCCUUUGGUGCCCUUUGCUCGGCCGAACCAGAGCUGCGCCGCAUGUAUCACACGGUUGCCGGCGUUGCAGUCCGCGCAAUGCUCGAGCAGCAGACCAUGAAGGGCCUUUUCCAGCUUGCCGAAGAGGUGGACGUCGACGUCGAUGCUUGUACUAGCAAAGAGUCGGUAAUCCAGGCUCUCUUGGCGUCCGGCAAAUGCCUUCUUCCCAGCGGAGCGACGUCGGGUCAGGCAGUCAUCAAGAGCAACCCACCGGUUCCGACCCGUGUUUCCCCGGUGAAGGCCAUGCCUGCUCCAGUACGAGACGCUAGAACGGAUCGCACUGUUCUAAUGGAGCUUUUCAACACCACGAAGGGCCCAUCGUGGACGACGAGCACGGCCUGGGGAACAUCGUCUUCUCUCGGAGAGUGGUACGGCGUCACCGUGAAUGCCGAGGGCCGAGUGACCAAGCUAGAUCUGGAAAAGAAUAACCUGACAGGACCGAUUCCGCCUUCUCUGGGAGGACUGACGGCUCUGCUGUUGCUUCGCCUGGACGGCAACGAACUGAGCGGCGCCAUUCCACCCGAGCUGGGCCGGCUGACGGCGCUAACGAGGCUAGAUCUCGACGGCAACAAUCUUUCCGGACCGAUUCCGUCUGCACUGGGAGGACUGACGGCUCUGCGGGAGUUGUACCUGAACACCAACAAACUGGAGGUAGGGUCUAGGUAA